AGACUUGAAGCAUCAGAAACUUGAUACUUCGGGAUGUUUUUUCUUUUUUUUGGUAUGAUAAACAAGAAAAGAUCAGAGCUGAAUGAUCUGAACUCCAAAGAAGUUGUUUUUUCUUUAGCAAGUAGAGGGUAAUUGCUUAAACUAAGUGCAUAGAUUCGCAGAGUAGAUGGUGGGGAAAGCUUUUAAUACAAGACUUCAUCUUUAUUAACGAACUAGGAUGCUUUUUUGGCUUUAGGUUACAGAUAGGCGUGAUGGUUUCUUUCUUACUCCAAGAGAGGUAUCACUCUUUUUGCUUCUUUUCAUAUCUCUAAUUCACCUUUAUGUUUCCAUGUCCUACAAACCCAAGUGAGUUUUGAGCUGUAAAAACUCAUUUUUCCAUGUUCACACUCCCAAGUUUCUUCCAAGUUCUUUCACUCCAAUGCUUGCCUUCUGAAACUUUGGCUCCUGUUUGAUUUUGGUGUUGUAUUUCUUGGUUUUCGUGUGGGAUAAAGACAUAACUUUGAUCUGGAAGUUUGACCUGUUGGUAUUUUGCCUUAUGUUCGUACUUCUUGGGUUUUAAGAAUUCAAGAAGUUUGAGUUUUUAUUUAUAACAUUAGAAGACAAUACUUGGGAUCAGAGCAGUGGAUUAUUUAGAAGAGGGGAAGGAGAAGAAAAAGAAGCAUGGCAGGAGGUGGAACGUCUGCACCACCGCCGAAACAGGAGGAGCUGCAGCCACAUCCAGUAAGAGAGCAGCUACCAAAUGUUUCAUAUUGCAUAACCAGUCCUCCUCCAUGGCCCGAAGCAAUUCUACUUGGUUUCCAACAUUACUUGGUCAUGCUGGGAACAACAGUGCUAAUUCCAACCUCUCUGGUUCCCCAAAUGGGAGGAGGAAAUGAGGAGAAAGCAAAGAUGAUCCAAACACUGCUUUUUGUUGCUGGCUUAAACACAUUGCUCCAAACGUUUUUUGGUACUCGUUUACCUGCAGUAAUCGGAGCGUCUUACUCAUAUGUGCCAACAACAAUUUCAAUCAUUUUGGCUGGUCGAUAUAGCGAUAUUGUGAAUCCCCAGGAGAAAUUCGAGAAAAUUAUGCGUGGAAUUCAGGGUGCCCUCAUUGUUGCCUCAACUCUUCAGAUAGUCGUCGGUUUUAGCGGCCUUUGGCGAAAUGUUGCAAGGUUAUUGAGCCCACUCUCUACUGUUCCUUUGGUGGCCUUGUCAGGAUUUGGGUUAUAUGAAUUGGGUUUCCCAGUGCUGUCAAAAUGUGUGGAGAUUGGGCUUCCACAGCUCAUCCUUCUGGUGGUAUUCUCACAGUAUAUACCUCAUUUGAUAAAUGGCGAAAGACACGUAUUCGACCGUUUUGCUGUUAUAUUUUCAAUUCUGAUUGUUUGGAUGUAUGCUCACCUACUCACUGUAGGUGGUGCAUAUAAGAAUGUGGGUGUAAAGACUCAACUAAGCUGUCGUACUGAUCGUGCAGGAAUUAUAGGCGGUUCUCCAUGGAUUAGUAUCCCAUAUCCCUUUCAAUGGGGUGCACCCACAUUUGAUGCUGGAGAAGCUUUUGCAAUGAUGGCUGCUUCAUUUGUUGCGCUCGUAGAGUCUACUGGAGCCUUCUUUGCUGUGUCUAGAUAUGCUAGUGCAACUCCUCUCCCACCGUCUAUUCUUAGCCGUGGUGUCGGUUGGCAGGGAGUGGCCAUCUUGUUUUCUGGUAUAUUUGGCACAGGAAAUGGAUCGUCAGUAUCCAUUGAAAAUGCCGGGUUGUUAGCAUUAACACGUGUCGGUAGCCGUAGAGUGGUUCAAAUAUCUGCUGGUUUUAUGAUUUUCUUUUCCAUUCUGGGAAAAUUUGGAGCCGUUUUCGCUUCAAUCCCUGUGCCGAUAAUUGCAGCUCUGUACUGCUUUUUCUUUGCCUAUGUUGGUUCAGCUGGCCUUAACUUCCUUCAGUUUUGCAAUCUCAACAGUUUUAGGAUCAAGUUCAUAUUAGGCUUCUCUAUCUUCAUGGGGCUCUCAAUUCCUCAGUACUUCAAUGAGUACACCGCUGUUAACGGUUACGGUCCGGUCCACACGAAAGCAAGAUGGUUCAAUGAUAUGAUCAACGUGCCGUUCGCAUCCGAGCCAUUUGUUGCUGGAUUUUUGGCUCUGUUCCUCGAUGUUACGUUACACAGCAAGGACAAUGCAGCAACAAAGGACAGAGGAAUGCAGUGGUGGAAUAAAUUCCGCUCGUUCAAGACCGAUACAAGAAGCGAAGAAUUCUAUUCUCUUCCUUUCAACCUCAACAAGUUUUUCCCAUCUGUUUGACUUCACUCCAGAUUAAAUGGUUUUGCUGUCUUGACAUCGAGUUGAAGGCUAUGAAGAUUGACAACACCACUCCCUUUUCACUCUAAUUAAAGCUGGACAAACACAGCAAUGUGAUAGCGUAGAAUGCCUCAUAGUACCUGCCUUUUUAUUCCAUUUUUUCCUUGAGAAAAAAGCCAUAAGUUUUGAAGGGCUUGUUGUAACAGUCCAAGCGCACUGCUAAUAAAUAUUGUUCGUUGUGACCCAUUA